AUGGGUGAAGCAGAUCGCAUCGGGCCAGACAUGAGCCCCAAAAAGACCCUCGCCGACCGUGCGAACAGCAUCCGCAAGACCUUCUUCACCAAGCACGGUCUGAUUGGCGACUAUGACUAUGCCUUUCUUUUCCGACCGAACAUCCCUUUUCUCAGGAAGCCUCGUCGUGCAGCGCCCUUUUUCGGCCUGCAUGACUCCAUGCCCGUUGUUCUGGCGCUCCUGCUCGGCUUCCAGCAUGCUCUGGCCAUGUUGGCCGGUAUCAUGACGCCGCCCAUCAUCCUCGCCGGCCAAGGAGGCGUCAAUCUGCCCGCCGACUAUCAACAAUACCUUGUCAGCACCUCUCUGAUAGUAUGCGGCAUCCUGUCCUCGAUUCAGAUCACGCGCUUCCACAUUUGGAAAACUCCGUACUUUAUUGGCACCGGAUUGAUUUCGGUCGUCGGAACAUCCUUCGCAAUUAUCCCCGUUGCCACCGGCGCCUUCACGCAGAUGUAUGCCAACGGCAAGUGCCAACUCGAUGCCGACGGGAACCGUUUGCCCUGCCCUGAUGCUUACGGCGCUCUCAUCGGCACGUGUGCACUUUGUGCUCUGGUCGAAAUUGCACUCUCUUUCUUGCCACCCAGGGCCCUGCGCAAGAUCUUCCCGCCCAUUGUCACGGGUCCGACUGUGAUCCUCAUCGGUGUGUCUCUGAUCGAGUCAGGCUUUCAGGACUGGGCUGGCGGAUCAGGCCUUUGCGCUUCGCGUCCAGACAGCGGGCCAUACACCGUUUGCCCUCAAGUCGGUGCUCCCCAUGCUCUUCCUUGGGGAAGCGCCGAGUUCAUCGGUCUUGGCUUCCUGGUGUUCGUGACCAUCUUGAUCUGUGAGCGGUUUGGCUCUCCGAUCAUGAAAUCUACCAGCGUAAUCAUCGGUCUGUUGAUGGGCUGCAUUGUGGCUGCGGCCUGUGGAUACUUUGAUGAUUCCGGGAUCAACGCUGCUCCAGUCGGCUCCUUCAUUUGGGUCAAGACAUUCAAGCUCUCGCUCUACGGGCCCAUUGUCUUGCCUAUUAUGGUCGUCUUCAUCAUCUGCGCCUGCGAAGCCAUCGGCGACAUCACGGCCACUUGCGAUGUCUCGCGACUCGAAGUCGAAGGCCGACAAUUCGAGUCUCGGAUCCAGGGAGGCGUUUUGGCUGAUGGUCUGAACGGAUGCCUGGCUGCCUUGAUGACUAUCACCCCCAUGUCGACAUUCGCGCAGAACAAUGGUGUCAUUGCCCUGACCCGCUGUGCAAACCGCAAGGCAGGAUACUUCUGCUGCUUCUUCCUUAUCGUGGCCGGUGUGUUCGCCAAAUUCUCUGCAGCACUUGUUGCCAUCCCCGCGCCGGUUCUCGGAGGCAUGACAACAUUCCUGUUCUGCGCAGUGGCCGUAUCUGGAAUGGCAAUUGUGAACCGCGUCCCUUUCAACCGCCGCACACGAUUCAUCCUCACUGCAUCGCUGGCCCUCGGCUACGGAGCCACUUUGGUUCCCACCUGGUUCAGCUACGUGUUCACCUACGACGGAGACAACCAUGCGCUCCGCGGCUUCUAUGAUGCCAUUGUCCUGAUCUGCGAGACAGGCUUCGCCAUCACCGCCCUGGUCUCCAUGAUCCUGAACCUGACUCUGCCCGAAGAAAUCGAAGAUCUUCCUGCUGAGGAGGCUCCCAAGGAGGUGGAGGAUGAAAGUCGAUCCGAGGCUGCUGCCUCGGUUUCGGAGACCACCCACAAGAAGAUCAAUGUGGAGGUGCCUAGCAAGGAGACCGUGUAA